CCCAUGACCACGUAUUUUCUUCUUGCCCUUUUAUCGUUUUGGCUAUGUUGUUAGAAAUUGACAAACGGGAAAACUAGUUUUGUUACAGGGAUAUAUUUGGACCGAACAAACUAGUAACGGGAAAUAAAUCUCUGAAAGAGCUGUUUUUCUUGUGCUUGUGCCUCUCAAAAGUCAAAAAGUCAGCGGGAGUUUGGAAAAGGUGAAGAAAUAACGAUGAACUGGUCAACCGACGCAAAAACCGUUACCCCCUUCCCUCCACCAACUGUCGUCCCUUCCGAGCAGAUCCAGAAAACAAGCUAAGCAAUUCUUUCUCUCUCUCUCUCCUCCCCAAAUUCUUGCCAUGGCAACAGCUCUCUAUUUCAGUUGCAGAGAUAACAAAAGGAAAAGAAAGGAUAGGAAUGAUAAAGAAGAAUCGAACAGAGCUCCGAAACCCUAAUUCUCGGCUUCUCCUCUGUUGUUUUGUGUCACACACACUGCAAUUCAACCCUCAUCUUCUCCAUUUUCCCGCGCGUCUUCACUAUCAUUUCUCUCCAGGAGUUGGGAGCUCCGCUGCAUAGCCGCUCGCCGAUAUCGCAGGGUGCAGAAUUCCGUCAGAAAUAAUGAGUCUCGUUGACACGAGGAUUGACCUUGGCACUAUUGACGUUCGUCCAGGCCCGGAGUUUAUUCACCGCCGGUCGAAUUCCUUGCCGUUCCUUUCCCUGUAUGGCUUCUCCGAUCAGGGAAGCUUCUCGUACAGUAAGCUUCCGGCGAGACCUAUUACGCUCUCUGUUCUCAAGCUCGACGGCUCCUGCUUCGAUAUCGAAGUAAAGCAUUCUGCUACGGUUGGUGAAUUGAAGCAGGCGGUGGAGGCUGCCUUCAGCUACAUGCCGCAGAAGGGGCCAGGCAAGAUCUCGUGGCCGCAUGUGUGGGGGCAUUUCUGCUUAGGUUUUCAUGGCCAGAAGCUGCUCUCUGAAGCUGACUCCAUCAGCUAUUUUGGGAUAAGGGAAGGUGAUCAGCUCCAAUUCAUCCGGCAUCUCUCAACAACCAGCAACAGCUUCACAAAGAAGGGGUCAUUUAAAAGGGUCUUAACUUCAGAAAGAAACAAAAUGUAUGCUCUUUACCCUCCUUCAUUGAACUUCCUUUGUCAUUUGAUUAUAUGUCGUUCACUAACAGCACCAAGAAGAGCUGCUGCUGCAGAAAUAGAGCUUAAUGCUGACGAUGAUGACUGUUUCAGUGAAAUGGAGAACGGAACGUAUGUGCACAAGGACGACAGCGAUCUGGGGAUGAUUGAACUUCAAGAAGUCACCGACCACACGAGCUUAAUGACUCCAUGGUUCCCUUACUCAAGGCUGUCUCCUAGGGAGAAGAAGAGGAAGUUCAAGGUAUCUCACUCGAGAUAUGGAUGUGGCUUCUUCAGCGGGAUCAAAAACGUCGUCCAGUUUUGUGGGAGUCGGUGUUAACGAACACAAGUUCCCCCCCCAGUAAUACUAAACCAUGACCAGUCUAUAUAACCCCUUUGGAGGGGUUUGCAUUUGAACAGUUCCUUAUAUAGCUUUUCAGAGGUGUAUAGAAAGCCAUGUUCUUCGAGUAAAUUUUGGACAGAAAUAAGAAGCCAGAGGGGAAAUGGUUUGUGGUGAUUAGUCCAUGUAGGAAGGACUUCUUUUUUUGCUCCUUUCUUUGUGGUGUUUAUAGUGACCACAGUUCAUACAUUGACCCUGUUUGUUGUAAACUUGUAAUCGCCUAUUUUGGGACUACAAUGGUGAAAGUAUUCCUUGAUCUCUUAGGCCCUGACCUCAAAAAAUCGAUCAGUGAUAAAUGGUAGUAAGUAGCAUCUCUCAAUUGCAAUGGCAUAGAAAAUGGUCUUGCAGAUGAAUUCGGCAUGUCGAUAAUUAUACUCUCUCG